AUGUGCUCCCGCCAGGACAAAGACCAGUGCCAGCAGCUGGAGAGAUCCUCCUGCCACGGCAGCGAGGGCUGUCACAGGAGCAGUGGAUCUGGAUGCCAUGGCAGCGGUGGUGGAUCUGGAUGCCACAGGAGCAGUGGAUCUGGAUGCCACGGGAGUGGUGGUGGAUCUGGAUGCCAUGGCAGCAGUGGUGGAUCUGGAUGCCAUGGCACCAGUGGAUCUGGAUGCCACAGGAGCAGUGGAUCUGGAUGCCAUGGCACCAGUGGAUCUGGAUGCCAGGGCAGCAGUGGUGGAUCCUGCCACGGAAACCCCCAGGAGUGCCAGCAGCAAAUCUACCAAAUAUCCUCCAAGAUGAAGUGA